GGACAAGAAUGAGAACCAUGACACCGCUGCUGUUUGACAUCUGAAAGAUGGUAUUUGAGAUACCAAGAUGAAGAUCACCCAGCUCAACAUUUAUCCCAUCAAAUCCCUCCGCCCAAUUUCCUUAGACACAGCAAACCUCUGUCCCCAAGGCCUAGCCAACGACCGAAAUUAUAUCCUCUUGAAACUCUCUCAGAAUGGAACCUACACCAACAUGUUCAUUGGCCAGCAACCCGAGAUGGCACUGUUCCACUGCUCUCCCUGCACUCCUCACACCUUCACCGUCACCUACCACUUACCAUCUUCCCUCGAACCCCCUCCCUCAAUCGAAAUCCCCUAUACACCGUCCCUCGCCUCCCUCAAGCAGAUCUCCAUAGAUCUCCACACCAACCCAUCCUACCCGGCCCACCUCAUGCCUCCCGAAUACAAUCUCUGGUUCACCACCCAUUUCACCUACCCCGUCCACCUAGCAUACAUAGACUCUUCACCCGGGACACCCUCCACCAGCCCGCUCGCCCAAUCCUGGCUCUCAACCAUAAAACCGCACCUCCCCUCCCCCGCUCAAGAAGACGAAGAAAACAUAACCUUCUCCGACGGCGCCGCCCUCCUAAUCGUCUCUUCAGCCUCCCUCUCCGCCCUCCCCCUCCUCCACGAACCCUCAAAACAAGAACAACAAUCCACGCUCCUCGAGAAAUUCCGCCCAAACAUCGUCCUCUCCGCCCCCGAUCUCGCGGCCUGGGACGAGGAUUUCUGGUCCUGCAUCACGGUCCAGCCAAAGGGGAUCAAGAUCGUGCUUACGAGUAAUUGUGCAAGAUGCACGAGUAUUAACGUUGAUCUCCGGACGGGGGAGAUGACGGGGUCGCUGCUGAAGAGUAUGAUGGGGAGCCGGAGGGUGGAUCCGGGAAAGAGGUGGGAGCCGAUUUUUGGGCGGUAUGGGUUUGCUGUUAGAGGGGGAGAGGUGACGGUUGGUGAUGAGGUGACGGUUGAGAGGGUGGGGGAGAGGGCUGUUUGGAGUUUGUUGUCCCUUUUUCUUUUAGAAAAGGUUUCUUGUGUGGAUUUGGUGAGGGAUGAGUACUAAUUCGAUGUGACGAUAGAUGGAAUCAUGCCUCGACUUUCGAAGUUCCCGGAGUCGGUCGAUGGAUGAUGGAAUGAGAUUCAAUGGAGAGAGUGAGGUUUUGGUGUGGCAAGAAAGAGUGUGCAUAAUGAAAUGACU